GCCGUCGGGUUCGGUCCGCUGAUGAUGUUUCGCUUUCGAUGCAGCUUAGCGGACACUGCAAUAUUCGAUUAAUUUCAUUUUCCCUCAUUCGGCCCCAGCCAAGGUUAACAACGGACGAUUUUAUUUAUAUUCCCCUCUUGGCUGAAAAUUCUUUCUAGGAGACUCGACUUCUCGUGUCAACCAAAAACAUAACAAAAACAAGAGCAUAUGCAUGCAUACUCGUAUGCGUAGAUGUGUAUGGUUUUCAAGUGUUCCGAUUUGUAAAUAAUAAACAUAUAAACAAACAAACGUAAAUCUCAUUAAAUUCAUUCAUGAGUAAUUGGAAUUUGAAUCAGUAGCGUAUCUAUCUGUAGGCCGAUUCCCUAUGCUCGAUUAAGUGCUCUGCCGCCGGCAGUGUAGUGCAUUAAUUGCCGAGUCAAGGAACCCGUUUGUCAGCAAUUUCAAAUUCGUUUUAGUGUCGGAUUCCGCAACGGCUGGAUAGAUAAGGAAAAGCAGCUUUAAAACAAAAAUCAUUCCGUAGCCACAAUUAAGUAUUAAGUAUUCGUGUGGGGGCCAACUAAAUGCUAUGGCUGACAAACGCAUACUUCUGGAACGAUGCGACAGCGCAGAGACGGAGAAGCUGGUCGUGCAUAUGGCCAAGGGUUCAAGGGGGAUGCUCCACCUGACCCAGUCCCGGUCGCUGCCCUGGAGCUGCCUGCUGCGCAGGAAAUCGCUCCUGGGACUUUUAGUGACUUUAAUAUUCUGCUACUUCCUCAUCGGUCGGCCGGAGUGGGUGAAUGUCCUGGACCUGGAUGCCCUGCAUAACGAUAACUAUUACACGGUCCGUCAUUAUUCCGAAGUUCCUGGCAUGGAUGUAUCCGUUGUCGAUCUGGUUGAAGAUAAUGAAAAUAUUAAUUUUGUGCCGGAAGGCUUCCUCGUGUACAGCAAUUCCUGCAAGAUCAAAGAGGUCGAUCCGUACAAAGCGGAGGUGAUGCGCUUCUUCAAGCGCGUCAAGUACGUGCCCUGCAAGAAACUGCCGCCCCUCACUAGCGUGAAAUUCAACGAACUCUCCCGGAGCUAUGUCCUCAGCGUCAAUGCGACAGCCUUCGGUGGAUACAAAGUGGGCACUUCGAUUAAUUGCUGCUACAUGGAGGUGAUACGGGUCAAUGAGACGGAGGUGGCUUAUUCCAAGUGCCACCGCUUCAUAUUCAAGAUAGUGCUGCCCAACACGGUGGAGGCAAUCAUUGUGAAGUGCAUUUCGGAUGGAGAGCAGAUUUAUAUCAAUGGACAUGCCACGAUACCCAUUAAGGAGGCCGUGCAGCAGCGGCUGAAAGACCGGGUGGAGAAGAAGAAGAAACUGCGGCCUCUCAGUGUGCUGAUGCUAGGCAUCGACAGCAUAUCUCGGGCUAAUCUUAUCCGGGCCAUGCCCAAGACAGCGCAGUAUUUAUAUGACAACAAAUGGUUUGAGCUGGCGGGCUACAACAAGGUGGACGACAACACUUUUCCAAACAUCAUGGCCCUUGCCACCGGCUACGAUCUUCAGAGUGCGAAAAAGGCUUGCUCUCCGUAUGAGGUGGGUGGCCUGGAAAAGUGUACCUUCAUCUGGAACCUGUACCAGAAGCACGGCUAUGUGACAGCCUACGGGGAGGACGCCACAAAGAUCAACACAUUCAACUAUCUCAAAAAGGGUUUCGUAAAGCCCCCAGUGGACUACUAUCUACGUCCAUAUCUGUCCGCUGCAGAGGACAAGCUGGACCGCACCAUAGUCAUGGGCCUUCCUCACUGUCUGGGCUAUGAGACGGCCGCGGAGCAUGUGUAUGACUACGCCAUGGAGUUCACGCGUCGCUUCCUCAACGACACUUACUUCGGCUUCUUUUGGACCAACACGCACAGCCACAGCGACAUCUCGCAGACCAGCAGCAUGGAUGCGUACAUGGUACGCUAUCUGGAGCGUCUGGUGCGCCAGGGGACGAUGGACAACAGUGUGGUGGUGUUCUUCAGCGAUCAUGGCGUACGCUUCGGACCCACACGGACCACCUGGUCGGGGCAUCUGGAGGAACGACUGCCCGCGAUGUUCAUAUGGCUGCCAACCCAUCUAAGGCGGGCACAUCCAAAGAUUGCUGAAGCUCUGCGCCUAAAUCGCAAUCGUCUGACUACGCCCUACGAUCUGCACAUGACUCUGAAGCACAUACUCACCCUGUCCGGGCGAACGAAUGGUCUGGAGUCGCUAGGCUCAGCCCCUUCCUGCCCACAGUGCCAGAGCGUCCUGUGGCCCGUCCCGGAGCAACGCUCCUGUACGGAUGUGGGCAUUGAGGAUCACUGGUGCACAUGCUGGUCGUAUUACAAAAUAUCGACCAACUCCAAGCAGACGCGACACAUGGCGCUACGCGUUGUCGCCCACAUAAAUGCGUUUGUAUACGGGUUCCGAAACGGAUCGGUUUCGAAGCUCUGUGUGCCGCUCUCCUUGGCCUCCGUCCAGUCGGCGUAUCAGGCACACCGGAAUGCCCUUGAUCCGGAGAAUACGCGAACGGUUCGCCUGACCUUUGUCACAACGCCCAGCAAUGCCUUGUUCGAGGCCACGGUGCGGCACAAUCAGACAGACGACAGCAUGACGGUGACUGGGUCCGUUAGUCGCCUCAACGCGUACAUUGGCGAGUCGGACUGCAUUAUGGAUUCGGCUGCCAAAAAGUAUUGCUUUUGCCGGAAAAAGAAAACAGGAUAGGAUAGGUAAAGAGGUUAGCCAAGAUAGCCCCAAGUGCCGUUAAACAGAUUUGAAUCUGGUAUUACAAUAAACCUGUACAUAGAUGCUUAAGCUAGUCUUAGUUCCCCUUGUACAUACAUAUACAUAUAUGAGAGUCUCCUGUAUUAUGCUCUAA